UGUGCAUAAAUCGAAAUAAUGGAUAAUAAGCAGUGAGAAGUUGUGAUUGAAAUAUACUGUCGUACCUCCGCUUGCUCCUGCCAUUGGAGGAGCAACUAAGGGAGUCUGGAUACCUGACCGGAACUGUGAGGAUCAUACAAAGGAAGGUAUCGACACAACAAGAAUACCAAGUAAGGUGGUGAUACAGCUGUUCAUGCUUGUGUACUACCUGAACGUGUGGAAGGAAGCAAUGAGUCGGAACUUUCAAUUUCUCGCUGGUUAUUGUAAAGAAAAUGAGUUCAACCCGUUCGGAUCCUGCACUGACAUCGGAAUCGGAAUCGGAUUCGGGUCGGAUUCCAAAAGAGAACCACGUGCUGGUCAAAGCUGUUGAAAUUUUCCAAUAUAUACAUGAUACAGGCAUACGCAUAAUCAUGCCCGACUCUUUCUUCACAUCGGGGAAACCACGAAAACGGAAGCGCGUAGAGUCUUCUCCCGCUGGCGCGAACAGUGGCAAGAAAAUCCGACACACACCGAAUCCAAAAGGGAAAAAACCAAAAAGCAAACGGCUUGACGAAGACCUUGAUUCAGACCAGACUUCGGGCGUUGGAGAUGCCGACGACCUCAGAGCUCCUCUCGAUCUGGAGGAUGAAGUGGAAGCAGAUGAUGACCCAAACGAGACUCCCGCUGAGAAACGCCUGCGUUUAGCUCAUCUGUAUCUCGAUGGUGUAAAGGAAGACUUAGCGGCGAACCAAGGAGAUUUUGACGCGGCAGAAAUCGACAAAGAACUCAUAUCAAGUAGGCUGAGGGGCGCUCAGUACAAAGGACGAGUCCAUCUAUUCGUCGCUGAUGAAUUCGCCGAAGCCAGUUCAUCUCACUUGAAGGUGAAAGGUCAUCGCUUUUCCUGUACAGCUGCUGUGGCAUCACCGGUCACAUCAUCUUCUACGACACCAGGUUACUAUCUUUUUACGGCGGGCAAGGAAGGUCAUAUCCUGAAAUGGGAUCUUCAAAAUGGGAAACAGGUCGCAGCGAUGUAUAAAGUUAAGCCAGAUAAAGGAAAGGGCAAGGGCAAAGGAAGAGCUAAUGUGACGCGCACUGCAGGGCACACUUCCUCAGUGACCUCGUUGGCACUUACUACAGAUGGCACUUAUCUCGCGUCUGGCUCAAUGGAUUCCCGUGCGUGCAUUUGGGACGCCAGAUCCUGCCGCUGGAUUGCUGGCUUCGCUCAUAAAGACACUAUCUCGUCACUUUCGUUCCGAACGAAUACUAAUUCGGCCACCGCCUCUUCUUCCGCUCAUACGCUCUAUACCGCUUCUUUUGAUAGAACAGUGAAGCUUUGGACCUUGCCAACCGCUGCGCCACUCUCAUCUCUCACCCUCGACUCUACUUCCAAAGGGCUUCAAACUCCUUCGCAAAAUAUGGGUUAUAUCGAAACCCUCUUUGGUCAUCAGGAUCAGAUUCUCGCCCUCGAUUGUCUUCCUUCUCUACCCACAUUGCCACCAAUAUCUUUAGCAUCUGUCAUACGACGACCGCCUUCCACUUUUACGGUAACAAACCCAAGUCCGGUUCCUGCUUCUGCAUCAGCCAAGACGCUCACAUACGCUCGCCACCCACUCACCACUCCUGCCGAAACAUUGCUCACUGUCGGUGCCCGCGACAAAACAGCUCGGUUCUGGAAGGUUCCGGAGGAAACUCAACUUGUGUUUCGGGGAGGUGGGGCCACUUCCACAGGCGCUCAAGGCCAAGAAAUUCAAACGAAGAGAGACAAACUACGGGAUGUGCUUGAGGGGAAAAUGGAUGCUCUUGCCGCAGACGAUGAGAACUCUGGCGACGAAAACGCAAAAAGAGGGCAGAAGAAAGGUGUUCAGGAACAUUACAGAUACAUUGAAGGCUCUCUAGAAUCCGUCGCGAUGAUAGACGAAAAUACUUUUCUUACUGGAGGAGACAGUGGAUCCAUCUGUCUGUGGUCAACGUCCAAAAAGAAACCAGUGUUUACGUGCAGUGUUGCUCACGGCGCCUACAAUCCAUUACCCGAACAAGUAGACGAGGAAGAAAUCGAGAUCCCCCCACACCCGCGAUGGAUUACUGCCCUCGCCUCACUAAGAUAUUCGGAUCUAUUUGCUAGCGGUAAGUGUCCUUCCUUUCGUCAGUGUGUCUAGACGACACAAUGGCUUCUUCCUCUCCCCAUUUGUACGCUUGGUUCCAUUUCAGACGAUGUUGCAGGGCUUCUGGUUAUUAUUGUCUUUCCUUUUUUAUGCUACUUCUUUCCUAUCUUUUUCAGCUUCCAGGUU